AUGAAAACAAAAACUACAAAAGAAAAAAAGCAUACUUGGGUCGCGAACAGUGACAUUAACAAUGUAACCGCGUUCGAGGAGGAACUUGACAAGUCAGGAAGCGAUGUAACCGGAAGCGCCGGUAACACAAACAACUUGGCCAGUGUCGGUGGUCAUUCUGAAUUAUGUUCUUCUACUCUAUUGAAGGUCGUUUCCAAACUUUCUUCCUUGAAUAUGGGCUUGAAGGUUCACAGCCUUGUUUCCAAGUUGGGGUUCCAUGACGACCCUUUUAUUCAAACCGCCUUGAUUGCCAUGUACACAUCAUGUGGACGUAUUAUGGAUGCCCGUUUGGUGUUUGACAAAAUGUCUCACAGGGAUAUCGUUACCUGCAAUAUUAUGAUUGAUGGGUAUUCCCAGAGUGGUCAUUAUGACCAUGUUCUAAGGCUCUAUGAAGAAACGAAGAUUUCUGGUAUGGAGCUUGAUUCUAUUAUCCUUUUUACCAUGCUUUCUACUUGUGGUCAUGCGGGAAAUUUAAGCUAUGACAAAGCAAUUCAUGAGUUCAUUAAGGAUAACGGUUUUCAUGUUGACUCACAUCUACAUAUUGCUCUUGUUAUUAUGUAUGCGAGUUGUGGUUCUAUGUAUCUGGCUAGGGAAGUCUAUGAUCAACUUCCCUUAAAUCAUUUAGUUGUUUCUACUGCGAUGUUUUCGGGGUAUGCAAAGAUUGGAUUGGCGAAAGAUGCGUGCUUCAUAUUUUACCAAAUAGUUGAGAAGGACUUGGUGUGUUGGAGUGUCAUGAUAUCCUUUUAG